GAAUGAUAAUGUAUAACGUAAAAAGAAGUUAAUUUGGUUUGAAAAAGUAGAUCUCAUCAACUUUUUUAAACCUAAAACGGAAAGUUUUAGCAACCUUCGUCCAAAUCCAACCCAAAAUAAGCUUUAGUAAAUGUGUAUUGCAUAGUUAUUCAGACCUAUCUAUCUAUUUGCCAAAACAUUUUUCCACCAGUGGGUAACUACGAACCUGUGUAUGCUAUAUAUAUAGAGAAGCAUGGGUUACUCUUCCAAACAACAAAACCAAAACAUAUAUCUUGUCUUAAAAAAAUGCUUUCAAAGAUGAAGCUGGUGGUUCUCAUGUCGUUCUUGCUCCUUCUCCCCUUGUGUUCUUCAAGCUUUGGAGAGAGCCAUGGAGAUGGAGCUCCUCACACCGACCAAUAUUCAGUAAAUAUGGUUGAAGAGAGUAUUCCGAAAAUGAUGGAUAGUCCGGAAACAGGCCCAAACCCAAGCCACGAUCAGAGAGUAAACGGUUGGGGUCGUCCUACACGGCCACCGCCACCGGAUGUAAACGGUUGGGGUCGUUCUGUACAGCCACCGCCAUCGGAUGUAAACGGUUGGGGUCCUUCUGUACAGCCACCGCCAUCGGAUGUAAACGGUUGGGGUCGUUCUGUACAGCCACCGCCAUCGGAUGUAAACGGUUGGGGUCGUUCUGUACAGCCACUACCAUCGGAUGUAAACGGUUGGGGUCGUUCUGUACAGCCACCGCCAUCGGAUGUAAACGGUUGGGGUCCUUCUGUACAGCCACCGCCAUCAGAUGUAAACGGUUGGGGUCCUUCUGUACAGCCACCGCCAUCAGAUGUAAACGGUUGGGGUCGUUUUGUACAGCCACCGCCAUCGGAUGUAAACGGUUGGGGUCGUUCUGUACAGCCACUACCAUCGGAUGUAAACGGUUGGGGUCGUUCUGUACAGCCACCGCCAUCGGAUGUAAACGGUUGGGGUCGUUCUGUACAGCCACCGCCAUCAGAUGUAAACGGUUGGGGUCGUCCUAUACUGCCACCGCCAACGGAUGUAAACGGUUGGGAUCGUCCUACGCGGCCACCGCCACCGGAUGUAAACGGUUGGGGUCGUCCUAUGCGGCCACCGCCACCGCGUGUAAACGGUUGAGGUCGUGCUACGCGGCCACCGCCACCGGAUAUGAACUAAGAACUAUGAUGAUGAAGCAAAGAUCUGAGAGUAUGAUGGCUAUAUGAUAUGUGUAACUGUCAAACUAAUAAAAUUAAGUAAUAAAAUGCUAUAAUAAACUUG